AUGCGCCUAUGCAUCUUCUACAUCUUGAGCUACCUCCUAUUAGCUGUUAAUGGAGUAGUCGUUCCACAGACCUCCCAAGACGAAGAUAUCUUCUCUGGGCUUUCUUUCAACGAAACCUCAAGCCUCGAGGGCCUCGAGGAUAUUCUUCACGCACGAGACAUCGAAGCCCUACGCAGACGCUACAGCACCACAGAGGGCUCAGACCAGCUCGAGAAAAGAGCAAUAACCGUCAAUGCACUUAUUUAUCGGGUUACGAUUGAUGGUCGGAACCAGGGCAAUUGGCAAAACUGGAUCGUCAGUGGGAACAUUGUCGUCACAUCACCAAUAUCUACUACAACAAAAAAUGGGAGAAAUCUCCUUGAUUUCUUCAUAAGCGUUGGUAGCCCCGCCGCAAGUCCUGUAGCUGGAUCUAUUAGAUACUUCACCAAUCGCUAUUUAUAUACUUUGGCAAACGGGCGGUUCGGACAGUCGCGCUUGGAUUAUGUUUAUCAAACUCGAAGUGGAAGCACUUACACGAAUACAAUAGACACUAGGUACGCCGCGGCGAACCAAUUGAGCGGGUUCAAUGCAAGAAGCGGGUUGCUUGCGAAUGUAUAUCUACCCGAUGUAGGCAGUUGGACGUUUACCGUUGGCUCCGGGUCGAAGACUUGUCGGGGACAAAUUCGAGUUGAUGGAAGGGGAUUCAUUGAACCAGGUAGAGCGCCAUAUAGGGGAAGGUAUUCUGGAACUCUAAUCUCAACAAGAAAGUUGACGUUUUAG